AUUUAGGGCCGAUUUGAACCUAAGCGGUCAGUUUCGGCCGCGGCUCCGUCGAUAAACCCUAGUGGCCGUCGGCAUUAAUUCGGUUCAAAAGAGCUCGCCGUAGGUACCGUCGGCGUGUUGUCCCGUCGGUUGCCCGCUUCCCUCGUCUUCGUCAAACACCUCUUAUCUGAGCCCGAGAAUCCAAGGUUGAAGAUCGGCCUGCUAGCAAUGAACUUUCGCUUCUCGAACCUCCUGGGUGCGCCGUACCGCGGCGGUAACGUCCUCAUAACAGACGAUGCCGUCCUGCUGUCCUCCAUCGGCAACCGCGUGGCUGCCACCGACCUCCUCAAGUAUCAGACACAGACCCUUCCAUUCGAAGCUUCAUCCAACAUCGCCCGGAUCGUCGCUUCACCCGACGGCGCGUUCCUCCUUGCUGUCGACAAUAACUCCCGCGCCCUCUUCGUCAACCUCCGCCGCCGCGCCGUCCUCCACCGUAUCACCUUCAAGCGCCCCGUUACCGCCCUCCGCUUCAGCCCCGACGGCUCUUUGAUCGCCGUCGGCCUCGGCAAGCUACUCCAGAUCUGGCGGUCUCCCGGAUUUCGCGUGGAGUUCUUCCCCUUCCAACUCGAGCGAACCUACCCGGAUUGUACCGGCACCGUGACGGCGUUGGAUUGGAGCCCGGACUCGGAGUAUCUCCUCGUCGGGUCGAAGGAUCUUGCUGUGAGGCUGUUCUCCUCUAAGGGUUCGCGGGGCCAAAAUAAGCCGUUCCUGUUUCUAGGGCAUAGGGAUGCCAUAGUCGGUGCCUUCUUUUCGUCUGAGAAGAAGAGCGGUAGGGUCUUCAGGGUGUACACCAUCUCAAGGGAUGGUGCCAUAUUUACAUGGAAUUUGGUGGAAAGUCAUGAUUUUGAUGCUUCGGAGGGGCUCAAUUCGGACCCUCCUUCUCCUGGUACACCUGAACAGAGAUCCUCUGAAAGAGAUCACGUUGAAGUGCCCAUCAAAAUUGAGCUUCAUAACCAAAAACGAAAGAACUUUGGUGGCAAUGAUGUUGAAAAUUCUGAGAUUCCUUUGCAUAAAGCCAGAUGGGAGCUUCAGAAGAAAGAUUUUUUUAUGCAGUCGCCUGCAAAAUUAACAGCUUGUGAUUACCACCGGGAGCUGGAUAUGGUGGUAGUUGGGUUCUCUAAUGGUGUCUUUGGGCUGUAUCAGAUGCCGGAUUUUGUUUGCAUCCACUUGCUUUCCAUAUCGAGGGAGAAGAUCACAACGGCAGUGUUCAACAAGCUUGGAAACUGGUUGACAUUUGGUUGUGCGAAGCUUGGACAGUUGCUAGUCUGGGAGUGGCGAUCAGAGAGCUAUAUCUUAAAGCAACAAGGACAUUAUUUUGAUGUGAACUGCAUAGCAUACUCCCCCGAUUCGCAGAUGUUGGCAACAGGAGCUGAUGAUAACAAACUCAAGGUUUGGACGGUUUCAUCGGGAUUUUGUUUCAUAACUUUAUCUGAGCACACUAAUGCUGUCACUGCAGUCCAUUUUAUGGCUAAUAAUCAUACUCUUCUAAGUGCAUCACUAGAUGGGACUGUCCGUGCUUGGGAUUUGUUUCGUUACCGGAAUUUUAGGACUUUUACUACUCCUUCUCCUAGACAGUUUGUGUCUUUAUCAUCGGAUCCAAGUGGUGAAGUGAUUUGUGCUGGAACUCUUGAUUCAUUUGAGAUAUUUGUUUGGUCUAUGAAGACUGGUCGCUUAUUGGAUGUUCUUGGUGGCCAUGAGGGACCAGUACAUGGGUUAAUGUUUUCACCUACAAAUUCUGUUCUAGCGUCAUCUUCAUGGGACAAAACUGUUCGCUUAUGGGAUGUAUUUGAAGGGAAAGGUGCAGUCGAAACUUUUCCUCAUACUCAUGAUGUCCUUACGGUAGUCUAUCGUCCAGAUGGGAAGCAGCUGGCCUGCAGCACAUUAGAUGGUCAUAUUCACUUUUGGGAUCCUAUUGAUGGCCUGUUAAUGUACACUAUCGAGGGCCGCCGAGACAUUGCCGGUGGACGUCUCAUGACAGAUAGAAGAUCAGCAUCUAAUUCGAGCUCAGGAAAGUAUUUUACGACAUUGUGCUAUUCUGCAGAUGGAAGCUAUAUUUUUGCUGGUGGGAAUAGCAAGUACAUAUGCAUGUAUGACAUUGCAGACCAGGUACUGCUUCGUCGAUUUCAAAUUACUCGAAAUCUGUCCUUGGAUGGAGUUCUUGAUUUUUUGAACUCGAAAAAGAUGACGGAUGCUGGGCCGGUGGAUUUAAUUGAUGACGAGGAUACUGAUGUUGAAGAAGGGAUUGAUCAACAAACACGGAAAAUUCUGGGGCAUGAUUUACCUGGAUCCAUGCCAAACCGUGGACGGCCUAUUGUUCGUACAAAGUGUUUAAAAAUUGCACCUACUGGGAGAUCAUGGGCUGCGGCAACUACAGAGGGAGUCCUCAUGUACUCAAUUGAUGAAUCCUUUGUUUUUGAUCCAACUGAUCUUGAUGUGGAUGUAACUCCUGAGGCUGUUGAUGAAGCUCUUGAAAAGUAUCAGCCGCAAAGGGCAUUGUUACUCAGCCUUCGCCUGAAUGAAGAUUCUCUGAUUAAAAAAUGCAUUUUCUCUGUGAAGCCAUUAGAUAUCCCAGCUGUUUCUUCAUCCAUGCCCAUCAAGUACCUGCAGCGUCUGAUUGAAGCAUUUGCUGAUCUUUUAGAAAGUUGUCCGCAUAUUGAAUUUCUUCUACACUGGUGCCAGGAACUAUGUAAGGCUCAUGGUCAUGCCAUUCAGCAGAAUUCCCGAAGCCUGCUUCCGGCAUUAAGGUCCCUGCAGAAGGCAAUUUCAAAGCUGCAUCAGGAUCUGACUGAUACAUGUUCAUCCAAUGAAUAUUUACUUAGAUACUUAUGCUCAACAAGCACCAAGAUGCAAUAGAUUGGCUGUUCGUGCUCACCGAUGCUUAGCAAAGCUGUUCAGCAUCAAAAUCUUCUACAUCAAAAUCUUCAUAAUAUCAUAGUAAAGUGACAUGGAGGCAAAAUGUCAAACCCAUGGACCAUACUUCUUCGCAACUCUGAGCAGAGGUCCGAUACAUUUUGAAAGGUGGAUAUUCGUACUUCCUCCUCUUCCGUGAUUAUUACUUAUUGCCUGAAGUGGCAUAGCUUUUGUGCUUUUGAGGCCUGAGACUGUUUGGUGUACUUCAAAUUGAGACCCUCGACUAGGUGGAAGCUGGUAGUUUCAACUGAGUUGGGAAGUUAGAUCAUAGCUGGCUUUUGCUUUGUGCUGGUUAUCGUGUUGGCGCAGAAGGUCUAGGUGACCUCUUUCUACAUAAGGAUUCUCCUUCUGAAAACCACAUUGCCAUGAAAGCUUGACAGGAUUGAUCAGAAAGAUGUCUGCAUUUUGAAUUUGUAAAACAGAUAAAUCAAUUCUGUUUAUCAGACAAAUGCUUCCACUUGUUUAAUUGUUAUGGAAGGGGUGGAUGCAUCUAUGUUGGAACUGAUGUUUGAGACAUAUUUUUGUAGUUUGAAGCGGACAUCAGCUAUCUGGGUAUUGAUUUAGUCAUCCUUUAUUAUGUUGAACUA